AUGGAGUCCAUCAAGCAAAAUAUGGCUGAAAUGUCUGCAAUGUUCAACUCAAGAAUGGAACAAUUCGAAGCUGAUCUUCACAGGAAUGCUCCCUCUUCCCAAUCUUCUGUUGCUGAGGACUUCGCUGCAUUUAGAUCAUUUGCAAUCGCUGCACUGAAUUGUCUUCAGAAGCAAGUGGAUCUCCUCUCCAGAGGUGCAGAGCGGCAGGAGAUGCGAAGCCGACGCAGGAUACUCCUUUUACAUGGUGUUGUUGAGCAAAAGGAUGAGGUUGCUGCUGAGGUGGUUUUAAGGGUUGUCUCUGAGCAAUUGAAGAUAGUGGGACUUUCACGCCAUGACAUCAGUCGCGCUCAUCGCAUUGGACAGCAUAGCAAUGAUAAGCCCAGGCCUAUUCUUGUCAAAUUUUGUGAUGUUGCAAUCCGUGACAAGAUAUGGUUUGCCAAGACGUUGCUCAGGGGGAGUGGGGUCACCCUUAGUGAAUUUUUGAUACCAGGACGGCAUAAGCUUUUUAUGGAGGCACGGAAGCGCUUCGGUCUCUCAAAAUGUUGGUCUCGCGAUGGGAACAUAUAUGUAAUGAGUCCAAGUGGCAAUAAACUGCGUGUCAACUGCAUCGCGGAACUAGACAAAAUCCCUGUCUCAGCUUCUACCCCGACAGCCGCCGCCUCCGCCACUUCCACUCAAAUUGCUGGCCCAAGCGUUCCCAAGGUCCAGGACAAGACUCGGAGGCGCCUCCCAGCCAAAAAGUAA